CGUUGUUCCGGCCUUCGCAGCCUUGGCCAUCAGUAACUGUAACACCAGCGGCGACACGCCCCUAGGGUCCUGAGCAUGGUUGGGCCCACCUCGAACCAGCUCCUCCCCGACUACAUCAUGUGUCUCGCCUCGAGAAAUUAGUUUCUUGAAACCCCACCACACAUCAAAGCCGUUUCAACAUGUCUUCCAACGGCUCGAGUUCGGUGCACACGGUCCAUGGCCUGCCAAUAACGAAGCCCAGAAAGUAUCACUGGUAUGCCAGUCGAUACAUGUGUGCUAUUACCCUCGUCGCCCUUCUCGCUUUGUCUGCACGUCACCUGGUCGCCUCGUUCAAACGGAGGCGCAUGGGGCAACUGGAGCCUGUCAUCGCAGUGGCUCCUCCGCGAUGGCGGCGAUUCCAGCGGUCGGCACAGACCUGGUUGUUUCUUGGUUCAUUUCCCAAGUGGUUGUAUGGGCCAGACACAAUCGCCGAUGGGCUGUGCACGCUGGUCUAUUGUGCCCUCCUCUUCUUUUUCUCUAUCAACAAGUCGAGAUGGGUUGGCGGCCAAGGAAACCUCGCCAAUCAGAUGGGAGUCAUGGCAUUCAGCCAGCUUCCUCUGAUAAUAUUGUUGGUUGCGAAGAACAACCCCGUCACACUCCUCACGGGCAUCACGUAUCAAAAGCUCAACUUCCUUCACCGUGCCGCAUCGAGGGCUUGUCUCCUCUGCAGCUGGAUUCAUGCAAUUGGAUGGACGCCCAGAGUAUGGGAGAAGGGUCAUUUUUCUCGAGGCUACAUCAUUUCCGGCCUCAUCGCUCUCUUCGCGUUUACUAUGCUCUGGACAACCAGCUUUCGACUCAUCCGCCGCGUGGCCUGGGAAUUCUUCAUCGUCACGCACAUAGUGUUCACAUUACUAUUUCUCAUCGGGGCAAUCUUCCACUGGAAGAGAUUGAUGUAUUGGGUCUGGAAGCCCGCUCUAGGCCUUUGGGUUGUGGACCGUCUGAUCCGGCUCGCCAGGCUUUACGGAGCGAACCGGCAAUCCGGCACCGGUCGCACUUCGGCCCUGGGGACAAGCGGCAACUGCACCGUCGAGCUGCUGGAGUGGAACGUGCUUCGCCUCACCGUCCGCAGGCACAACAUACACUGGUCAGCAGGACAGCAUGCUUUCUUGUCCAUGCCAACGAUCACUCAGUCUUUGCACGAAUCCCACCCAUUCUCCUUUGCAAACGUUCCCGAUGGCAGAAACGACAAUGCGGUAUUCAUCAUCAAGGUCCAUGAAGGCGCGACCAAGCUACUGCGUGACUCGAUGUCGGAUAUUGUGGAGACUCGGAUCCCCGUUUACAUUGAAGGCCCGUACGGAGCGGUUCACUCGCUGCGACACUGGGACUCUGUGUUGCUUGUAGCUGGCGGUACUGGUGUCACAUUCUGCCUGUCUCACCUUCACGACCUGGUAAACCGACAACAUGGUACCGAAGGGCCAAGGAGGGUACGGCUGGUGUGGCACGUACGGCGUCGAACAGAUGUGCUCUGGGUCACCCCACUUCUGAACAAGGUCGCAAGCCUUGCGAGUGAAAGCAAGACGGAAGUCCGCCUCGAUAUUUUCGUCACUCAAUCGCGACAUGAUUCCAGCAGUAUCAGCAUUCCGGUGAUGGUUAACGGCCCUGCAGAGGGAACCGGCCUUCUCGCGGAACUCAAGUCGGGAAGACAUUUCGGAUCAUCCGCCGUUGCCCCAAAUCACAGCGGCCUCUCCCCAACUCUACGAUCCCUCAUGUACUGGCACCAAGGGCGAGCAGACCUCGGCGCUCUGAUGGAACAAGAGUUUAUUCACACAGCAGGUUCUCAUAACCCCAAGGCCACCUCCUCUGCUGCCAAGACUGCGGGCAAGCCCCAGCACAAGUUCUACGUGGACUACUCGGUCCCGGCCAACGACAACGUCUUUGACCCGGCCGCUUUCGAGAAGUUCCUCCACGACCGCAUUAAGGUCGAGGGCAAGGCUGGCCAGCUCGGUGACGCGAUCCAGCUCACCAAGGAGGGCAACAAGCUCGUCCUCACUUCGCAGAUUCCCUUCUCGAAGCGUUACCUCAAGUACCUUACGAAGAAGCACCUGAAGAAGAACUCUUUCGAGAACUUCCUUCGUGUUGUUGCCACCUCCAAGGACACCUACUCGCUUAGGUACUUCAAGGUUGACCAGGACGAGGCCGACGACGAGGAGUAAAAACUCUCGGCCAUCAGACGAGGCUAUGCAUUCCCUUCGUCCCUCAUCUAAA